AUGCGGAUGGCGGCGGCGGCCGCAGUGGCGUUGGUGGCGGUGAUGGGCGUGCUGGCGCCCCGAGCGGCGGCGCAGACGACGCCGAACUGCGCGGCGAAUCUGGUCCCGUGCUCGCAGUACAUCAACACGACGGGGACGCCGCCGGACACCUGCUGCGGCCCGCUCAAGGACUCCGUCCAGAACGACCUCAAGUGCCUCUGCGAUCUCUACGCGACGCCGGAGAUCUUCAAGGCCUUCAACAUCAGCCUCGACGCGGCCCUCGGCCUCUCCAAGCGCUGCGGCCUCAGCGACACCACCGCCGCCUGCAAGGGUAAUUCUACUUUCAUUUUCAGUGCAGUAAAUGAAUGUUCUUCCUUUUAUCUUUCAGGUGAGAUUUUCCAGCAUCUGAUUAAUAGCGACGAGUUGCAAAAGUAG